GUCCUCUGCAAGGGGAACAGUCACUGUGUCUGCCUGAGAGUACUCUGAAAUCCAGCACCUGAAGUUGCAUCACAGGCAACCUGAGGAAGAGAUACCAUUAAGACUGGCAACAUGGAUGUCUGAAACAACGAGUACCAGAGAGGAGAAGAAACCUCCUCUGAAUGGGAGAAGAGCCCUCCCACCAAACAACUCCAAUGAUGAAGAAAAUGAGGUCCCUGAGGUGGAUCCUUUCGGGUUGAUACCUAGAGGAUUUAAUCCUAAAGAUUACCUGCGUGUUGUGGAUAUUUAUAUGUUCAAGGAGCCCCAGGAGAUCAACAAACAGCAGCACCACACUGACAAGUACUACAACCCCAAGCUGAUAGUGCGUCGGGGACAGCCUUUCCAAAUCCAGAUUGACUUCAACCGACCUUACAGGCCAGAGACAGACCAGUUCUGGCUGGAGCUUUUAAUGGGUCGCUACCCACAGCAAAACAAAGGCACCUACAUCCCAAUCAUAGUAGGUAAUGUGCUGAAACCGGGUGAGUGGGGAGCCAAGAUUACUCACAGAGAGAACAACUCCAUUCGCCUGUCCAUCAUGUCUUCUGCCACCUGCAUCAUUGGGAAGUUCCGUCUGUACGUUGCUGUCUGGACUCCCUUUGCCAUCCUUCGGACACGCAGAAACCCAGCAACCGACACGUACAUCCUGUUCAAUCCCUGGUGCCAGAAGGAUGCCGUGUAUCUGGAUGACGAGAAAGAAAGGGAAGAAUAUGUCCUGAAUGAUGUUGGUAUUGUUUUCCAUGGAAACGUUGAAGAUGUAAAAUCAAGAAGCUGGAGUUACGGUCAGUUUGAAGAAAACAUUCUGGAUGCUUGCCUGUUCCUGAUGGAUAAGGCAGAACUGGAGCUCUCUGGGCGUGGAAACCCAAUCAAAAUCUGCCGUGUUGCCUCCGCAGUGAUCAACUCCAGGGACGAUAAUGGUGUGAUUGCCGGAUCCUGGAACAAUUCAUAUGAUUAUGGUGUUGCCCCUUCAGCCUGGACAGGAAGUGUGGACAUUCUCUUGGAGUAUUACAGUUCUAAGCAACCUGUGAGAUACGGCCAGUGCUGGGUCUUUGCUGGUGUCUUCAACACAUUCCUGAGAUGCUUGGGGAUACCUGCAAGACUCAUCACCAACUACUCUUCUGCCCAUGAUAACAAUGCCAAUUUACGGUUGGACUUCUUUCUGGAUGAUGAAGGAAAAGUGGACACCAGACUUACAAAAGACUCUGUCUGGAAUUAUCAUUGCUGGAAUGAAGCUUGGAUGACCAGACCUGAUCUUCCAGUUGGUUUUGGAGGAUGGCAGGUUGUUGAUGGGACACCUCAAGAAACCAGUGAUGGUAUGUACAGGUGUGGUCCAGCCUCAGUUCAAGCCAUUAAACACGGUCAUGUUUGCUUCCAAUUUGAUGCUCCUUUUGUCUAUGCUGAGGUGAAUAGUGACAUCAUUUUCUCAAGAAUGGAGAAAAAUGGAACCCAAGUGAUAGAAAAAAUUGACACAACCCAUAUUGGGCAGUUGAUUGUGACCAAGGAAGUUGGAGGUGAUGGAAUGGUGGAUAUUACUGAGGAGUACAAGUUCCGAGAAGGCUCAGAUGAGGAGAGACUGGCUCUUGAGACUGCUGUGAUGUAUGGCGUUAAAAAGCAAACUACCCGAGACACCACCUAUCAGCCACAAACAGAUAUUGACAUGGACUUCCAAGUGCAAAAGGCAGUCCUUGGCAAUGACUUUAAAGUGACUAUAACUUUCAGGAACAGAAGUCGCAACUCCUACACUGCUACUACCUACCUUUCGGGCAACAUAGUGUUUUAUACAGGAGUCCCAAAAAGUGAAUUCAAGAAACACUCUUUCAGUGCAAAACUGGAACCCUCUUCAUCUAGCUCUUUCGAUGUUGUGAUCAAAUCCAGUGAGUACAUGAGUGAUCUGCUGGAGCAAGCCUCCUUUCAUUUCUUUGUGACUGCACGGAUCAAUGAAACGGGGAAGAUUCUGGCCAUGCAGAAGGCAACUAUCCUGGAAAUUCCCACCCUGCGGAUCAAGACCAAAGGUGAGCUGGUAGCUGGUAAAGAAAUGUCCGUGAUUGUGGAAUUCACCAAUCCUCUGAAACAAACCUUGGAGAACGUCACGCUCCGCCUCGAGGGACCUGGUGUUCUGAGAACAAUAAAAAAGGAGUUCAGGAGUAUCCCAAUGAAUUCUACAUUGACCUGGGAAGUAAAAUGCAUCCCAAUGCGACCAGGGUUACGAAAGCUGAUUGCAAGCCUGAAUUGUGAUGCUUUGAGGCAUGUGUAUGGUGAGCUGAAUGUCCAGAUUCAGAAACCAUGAACCAAGGUGCUGCCUUCUUCUCCCAUUUAGCUGUAUCUCAAAAAUAUUAUGGUAGGGGCGUGGCAGAGGAAGAGGUGUAGAUUCGAUUAGUGUUAUUUUGGUCAUCCUUGCGCUGAAAAAAAAUUGAUUUGGAAAACUAAUUGGCAAGACUGGGGAGAACAUGAAAAAAGCACCUGGAUAAUGAAGGAUUUAAAAUCAGAUACAUGUAAUUAAGGCAAUUCUAGGCCACGUUAUCCCUAUAGUUCACUUGUAUUUAUGGUCUUUUGCAUUAAUGCUUCAAGGAAAUUUGAAAAGCUCCGUUCAACUCCAUUCAGGUUUUAAUUAAGGCCUGAUAUUUCACUGAAAAGGGAAUAAAAGGAAAAAAAAAGAACCCAGUAUUAUAAAUUCUUAGACUGAAUUACACAACAUUAUGGUAGAUCAUUCAGGCUGCAAUAGAAACAGGUAUUUCUAGCUAAAGGGUCUGCUUUAUCUUACAGUGUAAUAAUGUUCUGGUUCAUGGAGAGCUGACUUUAUUGGAAGCAUCUCAGGAUGUGUUAUCUCCAGAAUAUUCUCAGCCUCUUGUUUCCUCUUGCAGCUUCCCUCUGCUUUUUCUCCUACUCUUUCAUGUGUACAGGCACCCACACAUACUCACUUCUGUAUUCCAUACCCUCAUCCCACCCUGUGUGCUGUUGAUAUGCUGUUUCUCUUCUUUGCUUGGUGAAAAUCCCUGUUUAGAAUUCAUCACACCAAACUUGCAUUUCCUGGUGUAUCACAUCUCUUGUGUAUGAUGUGUUCUCCCUUCUUCACCUUUUUCUGUCUUUUUCCCUCUCCUGAAACCACCCUUUAAACCCAUUUUCCACAUGUGUGUGUAUUGGGAGUGUUCAUCACCCCAGAGGAAUUCAGGCUGGUAAAUGGGGUGAAGAUGAAAGGGGUGGAGGGGGAAGCCUGAGAGUCUUUUCCUGCUAGUCCCACAGUCCUGACAAAUAUCUUGCACUGGAGCUGGGGGCGAGUUUAGACUAAAAAUCUGGAGAUGAGUUUAGACAAAAAAGUGCCUGAAAGUUCCCAGGAAUCAUAGCUGCUUCAGAGUGAAGUCC